CAGGUACACUUUCUUAUACAUAAUAGCGAUGAGACCAGGUACACUUUCUUAGCGAUGAGACCAGACAAUUCAGGUACACUUUCUUAUACAUAAUUUGAUAUCUUCACUCCAGUCAGGAUGUUACAAGGUUAGGCAAGAAAGACAGUCGGGUGGGGAUCGAUAACGAGUCCCAGGCAGCUAGAGACAUCGAGCAACGACCGUCGGACAGCUAGGCAAUGAAGUAGAGGAGCCCGGAGAAGGAAGUAGUCCGGAGAAGGAAGUAGUCCGGAGAAGGAAGUAGUCCGGAGAAGGAAGUAGUCCGGAGAAGGAAUUACUCUGGAGAUGAAGGAAGUAGUCUGGAGAAGGAAGUAGUGACAAGCAAAGCCGAGGGGACAACAACUCGACGUGGAUUGCGACCUUUCGACAGACGGGCGUCCUCGUCAUAGUACUUUCCCGAAGAUUUGCUUCAGUACAGCUAGCUUGUCCUCCGACGAUUAGCAAAUGAACUAUUCCUGGUGUUUAGUAGUUCCGCUGAUGCUAGGGAGCCUACUCGAGAUUCAAGCUGCUUGCGGCGACAUCUUAGACGCCAUGAAACGUCAGCAGCGCGCAAGCCCCUUACGGAGAGCUUGAGGAUCUUGCUUUUUAGAUUUAUGCGGUUUUUUGACUGCUUCUUGCUGGACUUACUAGAAACUAUGUAAAUAUGAAUGCUUUUUAAAGUAGUUGUACGACUUAGUACUAGACUGCACGCUGGUAGAAGCACGUGAAGACUUCAGACUAAGGUAAGUUGUUUCCUAGCUUGAAUUCUCAACAGAAGAUCUGGGACAGAGGAUCUGCUAUUCUAACAAGGUCUUUUGCAGACCAUAGCGACUGAGUGAAAUGGCGACGAGCGAU